CGCAGAGGGUGUAGCACACUCUAAAGAAAAACGGUUCAGAGAAGCUCAGAUCUGCUCUGCACAGUCCUCGGUGCUCUGCGCGCAACAGCAACGCCGCGCCGCGGCCCCGACCAGGAAGUGAAUUUGAAGAAAAUAAGCGACUGUGGAGGUAGAAUGACAUAGAGGGGGAGAGGUGGGAGAGAAGCAAGCGGAGAAAGAAGUGACUAACGGAGGGAGGGAUCGACCCUGUUUCUGGACCUGUAUUAAGCUGCUCCCCUCCUGGAUAUACUGCACCGCCAAAAAAUGCUCAUAAAGGAAUUUCGAGUGAUUCUUCCUAUCUCUGUGGAAGAGUACCAGGUCGGCCAGCUGUACUCUGUGGCUGAGGCCAGUAAGAAUGAGACAGGUGGAGGAGAAGGAGUGGAGGUGCUAAAAAAUGAGCCCUACGAGAAAGAAGGAGAGAAGGGACAGUACACACACAAAAUCUACCAUUUGCAGAGUAAAGUGCCGUCAUUCGUCAGAAUGUUGGCUCCAGCUUCAGCUCUCAACAUCCAUGAGAAAGCCUGGAACGCAUACCCAUACUGUCGCACAGUUAUCACUAAUGAGUAUAUGAAAGAUAACUUCCUGAUCAAGAUUGAGACAUGGCACAAACCUGACACGGGACACCUCGAAAAUGUACACGGUUUGGAUGCAGAAACUUGGAAGAAGGUGGAUGUAGUCUAUAUUGAUAUCGCGGACAGAAGCCAAGUGGAGCCGAAGGACUACAAGCCAGAGGAGGACCCUUGCAGGUACAAGUCAGUGAAGACAGGACGAGGCCCUCUAGGACCAGACUGGAAGAAAGAACUUCCUAAGAAGACAGACUGCCCACACAUGUGUGCCUACAAACUGGUUACUGUCAAAUUCAAGUGGUGGGGACUGCAAAAUAAAGUGGAGAACUUUAUUCAAAAGCAAGAGAAGCGUUUGUUCACUAAUUUCCACCGUCAGCUGUUCUGCUGGAUCGACAAGUGGAUCGACUUGAACAUGGAAGACAUUCGUCGCAUGGAGGAGGAGACUCGCAAGCAGCUAGAUGAGAUGAGAGUGAAGGACCCAGUGAAAGGGAUGGUGGCUCUAGAGGACUGAGGUUGUGAUGAACUGUGAAUACUGCUGCUCAUCAGACCAGACUACCCAGACACCAGCGGAUUCACAUUCUUAUUCUAUUCCAACUGACACAACAUCUGACCGGCCGGUCCAAUUA